CAGUCGGUAUGUACUUGCCUGCAAAUCCCAAUUGUAGUACACGUUUUGAGCACAAGAGGGAGAUUGUUGAGUUUUAUGUUCUCAUUAAUUAUAUUAUUUUAUAUUAUGUUGCUUAUUAAUAUUAUUAUUUUGUAAUAUGACACUGAUUGUUGAAUGUAGAAAAUGUGCAAGAGUUCAUUGUGCGCAUGUGUAAACAAACGUAACUUUUAUUUUGAAAUGGAGUUUCUGUGUAUGGUAGCAAGAGUUGCACAGUGAAAGUGUGUUUGUGCUCCCUCGUGUACUGAUGUUAUGCCAGUGCGUUGAGAUGAAAGAACAAUAAAUAAAUAAAUAAAUACAUUUAAGAAGAUAUCUGUGAUGUUCCUUGGCGGAUGGAUGAUAGCAACAUAUUGUGCGUAGGCAUGGCGGACAGAGAUGAAACAGCAACAGGUUAUGGGCCCAGGCGCGCCAAUGAUAACGUUACUGGAGGAAGAUGGCAGAGGCUAGUCUUCGACUGAGACGAAAAUAACUAUGAGUUAUGGGAAGUAAAAUUUCUUGGUCAUCUGAGAAUACUGGGUUUAAAAGAAACAAUACUUUCUACCGGAGAAGUAAACGAAGAAAAGAACGAAGAAUGCUACGCUGAACUAAUCCAGUUUCUCGACGAUAAAAGCUUGUCAUUGGCGAGAGGCGACUGAUGACGGCAGAAAAGCUCUGCAAAUACUUCGAAGUCACUACGCAAGUCAGGGUAAGCCCAGAAUUAUCGCCCUAUACACUGAACUAACUUCGUUAAAGAAGGAAUCUGACGAGACGAUAACAGACUACAUUAUCCGAGCUGAGAAAGCGGUAACUUCCCUAAGAAACGCUAAAGAAGUAAUAAGUGAUGGACUAAUAAUAGCUAUGAUUCUAAAAGGCUUACCAGAUUCCUACAAACCUUUCGCUAUCCAUACUACACAGAGUAGUGAAGAAUUGACUUUCACCCAGUUCAAAAGCAAAAUAAGAAGCUAUGAAGAGACAGAAAAAUUUGAGGAUAAACCCAAAUCUGACAAUGUGAUGAAAGUGCAUAUAUCAUCCGUGACUUGCUACGGAUGUGGAAACCGCGGUCAUAUUGCUCGUGAUUGUCGCCAAAAAGGCGUAUCUAAGUGGUGCAGCUACCAUAAAAGUUCAACACACAGUGACGAGACAUGCCUCCGGAGAAAGGACGGACAUAAAGAUGAAGUAAAACAAGCUGCAGAAAAACAAGAGGAACAUGAGAAAGAACAAACAUUUGUCUUCAAAGUCAGUCAAACAUUUCUUCCAGACAAUAUUACAAGAAAUGGACUAAUGGUAGAUUGUGGAGCAACAUCCCACAUCUUAACAGAAAAGAACGAUUUCACGAAAUUUGAUGAGAGUUUUGACCCAAAGUCACACUACAUGGAGCUGGCGGAUGGAGCCAGGAUGAACAACGUGGCAUUAAAACGUGGCGACGCAGAGGUGUUGCUAUUGGACGUGGAAGGAAAAUGCGUCAGGAUUACUCUAAAGAAAGCAUUAUUCAUACCAUCAUACCCACAGAGCAUCAUAUCUGUUCAAGCUGGUACAACAGAUGGGGCCAAGGUGAUCUUCCAGGAAGGACAGAAUGAACUAAUAAGCAGGGAUGGAGCUGUCUUCCGCAUAGAAGAGCAUGAGAGACUGUACUACCUGAAAACGGGCAGUGUGUGGAGUCCCCCAAACCUAUAGAGAGGCCGUUAUGUCACCUGAGGCUCCCGGAUGGAAACAUGCU